GUCGCUCCUGAUUGGCUGGUGUAACUGCGAAUCCUCCACUGUCUGUGUCUCCUCUUAGAAAAAGUAGUAACUCAGCCACAAGUUAUCAUGACUUAUGAAAGAUGUGGACCUUCCUGGGAAUAGCGAGUUUCACUUACCUGUAUAAGAAGUCGGACACAGUGUGGAGCUUUGCCCACAGGGAGCUGCUUGUGGCCGCAGUGUUGUUCCUCACAGCCGGGCUCUUGCUCUCCUACAUCAGAUACCGUCAGGAGCACAAACUGCGGCUCCGUCAGCUCCUCACUUUCCCUCUGAGUCUCCUCUCCUUUGUCCCCGUCAUCAACCACUUCAUCCCCCAAACCUCAGCACAGAGGAGCGGCAGUCAUCCAGAGGAGACAUGCAGGAAGAGCCGGAGAAUAAGGAAAAGAGCAGAUGCAGAGAUCUCUGCUGCCACAGGAAGUGCCUCAGCCAGUGGCUCCACAGUGGAUCAGGAUCCCGACGUGGUGGUAGUAGGGGCCGGAGUCCUGGGAUCGGCAAUCGCAGCUGUGCUGGCGCGAGACGGCAGGAAGGUGACCGUGGUAGAGAGAGAUCUGAAGGAGCCUGACAGAAUCGUUGGGGAGCUGCUGCAGCCCGGAGGAUACACGGCACUGAAAGAGCUCGGCCUGCAAGGGUCAUUGGAGGGUUUGGACGCUCAUGAGGUCAAGGGCUACGUGAUCCAUGACCUAGGGAGCAGCACCGAGGUGGAGCUUUCUUACCCACAGCAGGAGGAGAACAUCAAGAGUGGCUGGGCGUUCCAUCAUGGUCGAUUCAUCAUGGGCCUGAGGAGAGCUGCCCUCGCCGAGCCAAAUGUCACAUUCGUAGAAGGCACCGUGACCAGUUUGCAGGAGGAGGACGGCAGCAUCACGGGAGUCCAGUACAAGGACAAAGAAACCGAAGAGAUCAAGGAAAUCUGCGCAGCGCUGACUGUGGUGGCGGACGGCUGCUUCUCCAAAUUCAGAAAGAGUCUGGUCUCAGGGAAAGCUCGCGUCUCCUCUCACUUUGUCGGAUGCCUGAUGAAGGUAAAGAGAACAUCAUCAGCCAAAUGGGAAGAAUUUGUUUCUUCAUACAAGAGUAAACUAAAUAUCUUCUGAGUAUUUUACC